UCUCCAAAGAUGGAAAUUCCUGCUCCUAACUUGACGAGAGAUUCUGCAGAAAUACAAUACUGUUUCCCUACCCAGAAAGGAUCCUGCCUACGAAGUCAAACAGUGAUACUCAUCAAAGUGGCCAUGUAUAUAUGCAUGGCUUUCAUCAUUCUGAUUACUGUCUGUGGAAACCUGCUGGUCAUCAUCUCCAUCUCUCAUUUCAGACAGCUCCAUUCUCCAACAAACCUCAUCAUCCUCUCUUUAGCAUUCACCGACUGGUUUUUGGGGGCUUUCAUUAUGCCAUGUAGCAUGAUCAGAUCUGUGGAAAACUGUUGGUAUUUUGGAGAAACAUUUUGUAAGAUACACUCCAGCGUUGACAUCAUGAUGUCCAUUGCAUCCCUCUUGCAUCUGGGACUCAUAUCUGUUGACAGAUAUUUGGCCAUCUGCAAGCCUCUUCAGUACAGGACCUCAGUAACCAUGCACAAGGUAGCAGCCCUUAUUGGAAUCACUUGGAUGUUUUCCUUUGCAUUUGGGUUUGGGGUGAUUCUCUCCAAAGUUAAUCUAAUCGGUGUGGAAGAACUGUUUAUAAAUUCUUGCACAGGUACCUGUAUUUUAUUUUUCAAUAAGCAAGGCGGGCUUAUGGCUGCUUUUCUGGGCUUCAUCAUGCCAUGCACAGUGAUGAUGGUUCUCUAUAUGCAUAUUUUCUAUGUAGCAAAGGUACAAGCCAGAAAGAUCAACUGCAGCCUGACAAUGACAGGUGCAAAACAAGAUAAAAAGAACUGUGCAUCUGAACAGAGAGAGAAAAAGGCUGCAAAGACCCUUGCCAUUGUACUGGGUGUUUUUCUGUUGUGCUGGUUGCCAUUUGUCAUGGUGCUCAUUGUGGAUCCAUUCUUUAAAUUUUCUACUCCUGCUGUUGUAUUUGAUGGACUAAUGUGGUUGGCGUACUUAAAUUCUUCCUGCAACCCUCUCAUUUAUGGAUACUUCUAUCCCUGGUUCCAGAGGGUCUUUAAAAUUAUAAUAUCAGGGAAGGUUUUUCAGAAUGGCUCUUCAUUACUAAACAUUUAUGCAGAGAGCAAGUGAGAAAAAAGACCCUUAACAGUUUGUCAUAUACAGAUACCAAUUUUCUGUUUGGUAUUUUAUGCAGAUAAGCUCUCAUAGGUUUAAGUAAAUAUCAUGCUGUAGCUCAUGCUCAUAUUUUUUGAUGGCAAAAAUGAGUGUGUGAUGACUAACAAUAUUCAAAUUGCAAUUGGUUAAUCAGAAUGAAGCAACAGAUUCAUAAAUAAAUUAAAUGUGAAUGAUAAAUGAGGCCAUGAAUAGCGUAAGCAUCAUUCUUACUUGUAGUUAUGUUUUGGACUCUAAUUAAUUACUAUUGCUAUUGAGCAACUGACUGACUGAAGAUUUGAUAUGAAUUGUUUGAAGUGUUUUGAACAUAUAAUCACACACAAUUCAUUCAAUGCAAUCGUGUGAUGAUGUUGAUAAAGACAAGGGUGGGGAAGAAUAAUCGUGGGCUUUGCAGCUAUAGAAAUUAUAGGUUUAGAACUCCAUGGUGAUAAUGCCUCUGACACGUUUUCAGUUUUUCAUGAC